AUGGAUCUCGAUCCUAAUUUGACGAUUAGCGAUGUGCUAGUCCUGGAGAACCUGCUAGAUGACAUUAAAGCACAGAGGAGCGAGGGACAAGAUCGUGAAGCUGUGAUCCAAAGUAGAACGUCUCACCAUGAAGAGACGGUCAAGAAAUUGCAGGCGUUGAAUGACCCCCAUCAUUCGGACUUUGAGCCCAGCGUGGUGUUCACAUGGGACCUCAGGGAUCUUCGCCUGUAUCCGUGGCUAGACAGGUGGAUUCUGCAGCCCUAUAUCGGUCUUGCAACAAGAAUCGUUCGGCAUGAGACCGACGUGGUGAUGCUGUCCCAUAUUUUACUCUACCUUACGACCUCCGUGCCGAGCGCAAUUCUUUUAUUUUAUAGAUUCAGCUGGAUACAUGGCAUCCUGCAUUGGCUCAUGCAAAGCUACUAUACGGGGACAUACACUCUGUUGAUGCACCAGCAUAUUCAUAUGGGUGGAGUACUGAAACCGAAAUACCGCUGGCUCGACAUGACAUUCCCAUAUGUCACGGAUCGUCUGAUGGGCCAUACCUGGAACAGCUACUACUAUCACCAUGUCAAGCAUCACCACGUGGAGGGCAACGGGCCCGAAGAUCUCUCUUCUACCAUCCGGUAUCAACGGGACGACCUAUUCGACUUUCUUUGCUACUUUGGCCGGUUCUUGCUCUGUGUUUGGUUCGAGCUACCACGCUACUUUUUCCGCAAGGGCAAUCUUCGCUGUGGAUUCAAGGCAGGGACGUGGGAGAUCCUCAGCCUGGCGUCGAUGUACUGGUCAUGGAAAUACCUCGGCUGGAAGCCAACUCUCUUUUGCUUUGUUCUUCCAUUCAUGCAACUGCGCCUGGGGCUGAUGGUCGGAAACUGGGGACAGCAUGCCUUUGUGGACGAGGUGGAUCCGAACUCAGACUUCCGCUCGAGCAUUACAUUAAUAGAUGUUGCAAGUAACCGUUUCUGCUACAACGAUGGCUACCACACCUCCCACCACCUGAAUCCCCGUCGCCACUGGAGGGAUCAUCCCGUGGCCUUCCUGCAGCAGAAGGACCGAUACACCAACGAGAAUGCACUGGUGUUCCGCGACAUUGACUACAUCAUGAUCACCGUGAGACUAUUGCGGAAGGACUAUAAUCAUCUCGCCAAAUGUCUCGUCCCACUGGGGGACCAGAUCGGGAUGGAGCAAGUCGAGAUUGCGCAAAUGCUGCGCACCAAGACUCGACGAUUCACCGAAGAGGAGAUCAGACGGAAGUUCCCCCAAAGGAACCAGAGUCAUCAAUGA